AUGUGGAAAAAAGGAAAGAUAAUAUUACGCUUAGGUGACUUCAUAGAUGUUUAUGUCACACAAAAAGAUGGAAAUCUAAAACAUUAUUGGGCAAAUAAUUUUACUGGAUUGGUUUAUCAAAAUGAAAUUAUAUGGAGUUCUGUUUAUGGAAAGCCUGCAGUUAUUCGAUUUGAAAACAAUGUUGACAUAUAUGUUCUAACUAAAAGCAGAAGUUUAGUACAUUUAUGGAAUGGAGACUACACAAAUUGGAAAUAUAAUAAUGAAGUUUUAGUUGAAGGGAUAUCUGAGCCUCCAGUUGCUGUAAGAUGGGAAAAUGAUGGUGUUCUCUUACAUUUACACGCUUCUCCAAGUACAAAUUGGCAAUAUGAAAGUAAAGAAAUAUAUCGUUCAUAUAAUCAUACAUGCUUAUUCGCUCUACGAGCAAAGCGCGAAGCAAUUGACUUGUAUUUUUUGGAAUCUGGUCAUAUUAUACAUUCAUACGUAGGAGAUCACAACGGUUGGGUAUAUGCAAAUGAAAGAAUUUUAGAAGGUACUAAUAUUCCAAAUGGAAAUUUUUCUGCUACUAGAACUGAUAAUUGUAUAAAUCUUUUCUAUUGUGCUGAAACUGGACAUGUGUGUCAUGCAAUUUGUGGUGAUUUCACAGGCUGGUCUUAUCAAAAUCGAGGAUCUAUUUCAAUGUCAAUAACUGCCCGAUAUAAGGAGUUUUCAGUGGUUCAACAUGAAAACAAUAUCGAUGUUUAUUUUAUUGGAAAUGAUAACUGUGUUCAUCAUAAUUAUAAUGGUGUAUACAAUAAUUUUACUUGGAAUUCAGAUGAAAUUAUUUCAUUAUCUGAUGCUAUUUCAGGAAUUGCAGCUGUUCGCCCUUAUCAAAAAGCUAUUGACGUUUAUUAUUUAGGACAAGAUGAACAAUUAAACCAUUUAUUUAUUGGAGAAGAAACUAAUAAUGGUUGGAGUAGAUAUCAAACUGUCUUAUCGAAUCCUACACUUUAUUGGGAAAAUCUAAGAAAUUUUGCCACAAUUAUUGGUGAAGGAUAUCAUGGUAAAAUAUAUUUAAUACGAAAGGAUUCUGAUAAAUUUAUUGUAAAAAAAUUCAAAAUACCUAAUCCAUUAGCAAUAAGAUCAGAAAUGAUUAUAUUGAAUAAAUUGGCUUCAAUUUGGCCAAAUUUAUGUCAAGCUCAAAUAUUUGAAAAUGGAAAUUUAGCUGGAUUUGCAAUGCUUUAUAUUGAAGGCAAAAAGUUAGAUAAAAUUUUACAAGACAAGGAAAAUAUAUUUCAUAAAAGUACAGCAGCUAGAAUUAAGCUAAUAAAAAUUAUUGGGGAAUAUAUGAAUCGAAUGCAAAAAUUAGGUAUUUGUCACGAUGACUUCUCAUUAGAUAAUAUAAUGGUGAAUCAAAAGAAUAAAAAUAGUAAAAAUGAUGUUACUGUUAUGAUAUUAGAUUUUGGCAAUAGUUUUUUCUUUAAUUCUAAUACACGAACACAAGCAAUUUUAACUGGUUGGCAAUGUCUUAAACCAUCUGAAUCGAAAUUCGCCUUUGAAACAAUUUAUGAUUUUCUACGAAAGAAUCCCCAAGCAGAGUGGCAAGCAGUUGAAGGCAAAAAUUAUAUACUUUUGUAUGCAUCUGCUGGUAUUUCAAUUGAAGAUGAUAUUUUUAUAACAAUAAAUGCUGAAGCUAAAGUAGUGCUAUUUAAAAUAAUCUCAGAUAGUGGAAGUAAUAUUACGACAGUUGACUUUGAAAUUUGGAAAGCGCAAAUAGGUGUUCAAAUUGGAUCUUAUAAUGGUUUUGAGCUUUAUGUUGCGUUAGUAAAAGGAAAAGUAUCUGUGUUUGGUAUUAAAAUAGGAGCAGGAAUUAGUUCAGGUGUUGGCAUAAAUCAAGAUAGUUAUGAAACAAAAGUAUUUGGUACUGAAUAUUUUGUCGGUCGAAGAAUAGGAAUAUCUGUUUUUGAUUCUGAGUUUGGAGUUGACUUUAAACAGUUUUUUUCUGAUGAACAAUGGAAUGCUUAA